AUGAUAGAAAGUGAUAGUAGUAGUCGAGAAGGUGACAAUGGACAAUUACAACAAUCAAUUAAUGUGAGAAAUUUUCAGAAUCAGGCAGAGAAAAGGGCACAUCAUAAUGCUCUGGAACGAAAACGACGUGAUCAUAUUAAAGGAAGUUUUAGCGAAUUAAGAGAUGCUGUACCGUUAUUGAAAGGAGAGAAAGCAUCACGCGCACAUGUAUUAAAAGCAUCGACAGAUUAUAUACGAAGUUUAAAGUCAAAAAAUCAACAACAUCAGAAAGCAAUUGAAGAUUUUAAAAGACAAAAUGCAGCAUUAGAAUUACAAACUCGACUACUUGAACGCGUAAAAGAAACUGGUAAACUUGUUGGUCAUCAUAGUCACAAUACGAAUAAUUCAUCAUCAUCAUCUUCGUCGACAAAUUAUCAACAAGAUUUAUUGCUUGAUAGUUCUAUACCGGUUAUUAAGACCGAAGCAAUGACAUUAAAUGAUCAUAGUACAAUUCAAACCACAAGAAAUUUAUUGAAAAAUGAACCAACGAUAACAGAUCAAACACCAACCUCACCACAACUUGUACAAAUAUUUAAAUGA